AUGGUGUUCAAACCCUUCAAGUCUCCUUUGAUUAGGAAUCCAGUCCCAUCCUCGACCGAGAACAUCGAUGAUUCCGUUCCUCCCGCCAAAAAGCCCCGCUUGCUCAGCGACGAACCCACACCCGACCCAGACGCGAAAUCAACACCGCUAGCCAGCCGGAAGCCACUCGUACAAGUCAACAAUAAAGGGACAAAUAGUUCAACAUCAUCCUCGGUGGAAUCGCUCAAUGAUGACUCAACAGACGAGAAAUAUUUCAAUGUUCUUUGGCGGAAACCAACUGCCAAAAAGCAUAAAACAUGGGAUGGAGAUGGGAUUCUCUCCGCGCGUGGAGGGUUCGUCUACCUACGAGACGUAGCCGGAAAAGAGAUGGGACACAAAAUGCACGAAUCCAGACUGGAGCCAGGAACAACGCUUUCCAUUUCUGGCAAAGAAGUCGAGGUUGAUUCCGAGAUUCCCCGCUCGGAAUACCUCUCUAGUAGAGUGUUCCUAAAAAGCAGCAAACCGGGCCCGGCGCCGGCGCCUACACCCGUGGCGACGAAGAAAGAAGCGCUUCCUGCACGGAAGAAAACUCAGGCGCAGAAAGCAAUUCCGACUGCCGCUGAGCGGACUCAGUCUCUCAAGCGUUCGCUGGCAUUGGUAACUAAUCCCUCUGCGAACCCGGGGAACGCACCUGCGGCAUUUUCGGCGUACAAGAAGCCGUUGCUUGAGAAUACGGUUGUUCCAAAGGUUGCUGGGAAGGUCAUUCCGCGUCAUGAUCCCAAGGCACCUGGGGCGUUGGUUAUGCCACGGCCGAAGUCAGUGCCCAAGGGGAGACAAGUUGUUGAUGUUGUUGUUGAUCCGAUUCUGUGUAAAAAUCUACGGCCGCAUCAGCGCGAGGGUGUCCAGUUUUUGUAUGAGUGUGUUAUGGGAAUGAGGUCUUUCAAUGGCGAAGGCGCUAUCCUUGCUGAUGAUAUGGGAUUGGGCAAGACUUUGCAGACUAUUACGCUGCUUUGGACUUUGCUUAAGCAGAAUCCUGUCUUUGAGGAUGCGCCUGUCAUUAAGAAGGCUUUGAUUGUUUGUCCGGUUACUUUGAUCAAUAACUGGCGAAAGGAGUUCCGCAAGUGGUUGGGCAAUGAGCGCAUUGGUGUCUUUGUCUUCGAUGACAAGCAGAAACGUUUGACCGAUUUUACUAAAGGGCGGGCUUACAGUAUCAUGAUUGUCGGGUAUGAGAAACUGAGGACGGUGCAGGAGGCUUUGGCCAAUAGCUCUGGAAUUGAUAUCAUCAUUGCCGAUGAAGGUCACAGACUGAAGACGUUGCAGAACAAGAGUGGUCAGGCGAUCCAGUCGCUCAAUGCAGCAAAGAGAGUCAUUCUGUCUGGCACGCCAAUCCAGAACGACCUGAGGGAAUUCUUUGCAGCCGUGGAUCUGGUCAAUCCGGGCAUUCUAGGCAAUUUCAAGUCCUUUAUCAAAGAAUUUGAAACGCCAAUCGUUCGAAGUCGGCAGCCGGAGGCGACAAACAAAGAGAUCGAGAAGGGAGAAUCGAGAGGCGAGGAGCUGAGGGAACUCACUUCGAAAUUCAUGCUCCGCCGAACAGCAGACAUCCUCGCCAAAUACCUCCCGCCGAAGAUGGAAUAUGUCUUGUUCUGCAAACCAACGCGGCCUCAAGCAACCAUCUACAAGAGUGUCCUCGCCUCUCCAAUCUUCCAAUCCGCUAUGGGAAAUACCGAAAGUGCCCUGAAACUGAUUACCAUCCUCAAGAAACUGUGUAACAGCCCGUCCCUGUUAACAGCCAAAAACAAAGACAACUCGCCGAACGAAACAAUCGCCACCCUACUUGAAUCUAUCCCCCCAAACCUGCACCGACACCUCUCUCCUUCUUCUAGCGCGAAAAUCCGCGUCUUAGACCAACUCCUCGACAGCAUGCGCAAUACCACAGACGAGAAAAUCGUCCUGGUCUCAAACUACACAUCAACGCUCACACUCCUCUCCACCCUCUUGUCCUCUCUGGGCCUCCCUUACCUCCGCCUAGACGGAAGCACGCCCGCCCAAAAGCGCCAAGGCCUAGUCGACGAGUUCAACCGUCUCCCCGCGAGUUCCUGUUUCGCAUUCCUCCUCUCAGCAAAGGCAGGCGGUACAGGUCUCAACCUCAUUGGCGCAAGCCGCCUGAUUCUCUUCGACGUUGACUGGAAUCCCGCAACGGAUAUCCAGGCCAUGGCUCGGAUCCACCGUGAUGGCCAGAAACGGCCUUGUCGGAUCUAUCGUGUUCUGCUGAAGGGUAGUCUCGAAGAAAAGAUCUGGCAAAGACAGGUGACGAAGUUGGGUCUUGCGGAUAGUGUGAUGCAAGACAAGAAUAACAGUGUUGCGCAGUUCUCUGCAGCGGAACUGAAAGAUUUGUUCCGUCUUGAUGAGGAAAGUGGGUGUCAGACUCACGACUUGUUGGGUUGUGCUUGUGGUGGGACGGGGCUGACCCCUGCUUCUGGAUCUUCUUCUGGUGCUGCCACUCCUGCCACCGGUGAUGGUGAUGGUUCUGAGCUGUCUGAGCUUUCAGAGCCUCUGUCUGAUGAGGAUUAUAAUUCGGACGACUUGCCAGAUCCGAUGACCCUUAUCAAAGCUUCCAAGGUUGAUAUGGAAAAGCAGGAAAGGGCAAUCCGAGAUCGGGCCUGGAAGGGAACUGCUAAGGGCAAGAAGGGGACUGAUAAAUCCCGGAGCCAGAAAGAUAAGAUGCAUCAGUCUCUGGCGCAGUACUCGCAUAUCGAUCCAUCUCUUCUUUCCGGUGAAGCUGGUGCUGCUGGUGUCGACGAGGAUCUCGAGGCUGCUGUUGAUGAUGAUGUGCUUGUCUCUUUACUUAAGGAUGAGUGUAACAUGAUUGGGUAUGUGUUCAAGAAGACUAGUGGUGCGGAGAUGAGUACAUAA